GUUUGUUUUGGUUUUGGUUUUUUUUUUCUUCUGCAGUGGAGCUUCAUUGCUUUAUUCUGUUAAAGUGUUCUCACUGAGAUUAAAACCAGGGAAAUUUAAAGAGGAGAAAUGCAAAAAGUCAGUCUCGGUUCAGUUUAGGAAAAGGUCAGAGAACAAGAAAAUGAGUGGAAGUAUUCCCAGUGCAUACGGCUGAGGCUGUGCUGCAGGGUUUGUUGCAGCUGCAAUUACAGUGAAAGCCCCAGAAGACUCUUUAGUAAAAUGUUAUGUGACUUUGACAUUGCUCAAAUCCUUUUGAGGCAGGUGUUGUUGGAAAACACCCUUCACUUGUACACCCUUUACUCCUUACGUCGACUAGGCCAUGGAGGAUUCAUGAGGUGGUAGCUACCUCAACAGGAAUUGGUAAAUAGUGUUUGAAAUAUCCAAAAUGGGAUUUGGGAAAGACUAAUGGAAAGGUAAGUUUCCAUCUGCAAAAAGGCUUUUUUCCCCCUCCGAUACUAAAAUAUGGAGGCUGUAGUCCAAGCAGUAAUAUCUUUAUUCAGGUUUCCAUUUUCUGUUAAUAAUGCUGAGUGCUCACUGCAAUAUCCAUUUUUGUUUGAAGUCUGUUCUAUCUUACUCUGGCCUGUACUUGUCAAUGACAAAUCUAAGAUCUCUGCAGAACGAGGCAGGUAAUUAAUCAUGAAUGUGUGGAUAGCCAGCUGAGACAGCUUAUGAUCUUAGUUGAACUUUCCAGUCAGUGUCAGCUGGGGGAUUCAAAGGAACACUGCCAGAUUUUAAAAAAAUUGAUUUAGUUCUGGAGAUACCAUUAGCUCAAAAACCAUGGAGUUGAAAAACUAAAAAAGAUGAGAUUUCUUAAGAGGUUCAAAUAUUAGUUUAUUAGACUUGCAUGUUUAGCACUUGUGAAUGGUCAUUUUUACAAUUUCUUCUGUGCAUUUAGCCAGUUUCCCUUAUUGAAAAAAUUCCUUGUAAAUACCGCAAAAUGUGUUGCUGGGGAUAAAGAAAAUCUUACAUGAUAAGAAAUGCUGAUAUUUUUGAAUUAAAAUCAUUGAAAAGUUACAAUAAGAUAUGUAUGUAGCUGUUUAGUGGAUAUGAAUAGCACUUGCAAAUAAUAUAUGUUCAAUUUAGCUGUAGUUAUGUAAAUGGAAAAUAGAAAAUUUGAAAAUAUUGGAGAUAAAAAAGGAUUUCAUAAAGAAAAAAAUUAAUUGAAACUUUCCAGGGGUGUAGUUCCGAAACAAAACUUAGUAACAAAGAUGCCAGCUCAAAUAUUUGUUGCUUUUUAUGGAAUAAUUUUUAUUAUCCCUAUAUGUGUUUACUCCCUGUUAAAAAGAUCAGGAUAAUUUGUGUAAUAACUAACUACAUAACUACCUUAUAUGGAGCAAGAUGGUUUUAUGUUAGGUAAUAAAAGAAAAAAAAAAUCCUUUGCCACUGCCCCAGUGCUCUCCUCAGCCCAGCCAGUCUCUGCAGGGAGCUCAUUAGUAGAAGCUUUUUCAUAGAAUUUCAGGCUUUAAUUGAUUCCUCAAGAUGUUUGCAAAAGCAACUAAGAAUUUUGUGAGAGAAACUGACAGUGGAGGUGACUUGAUCCCUGUCUCCCACUUGAACGCCUCAGAGAAGCUGCAGCUUUUGAGCUUAGUUACGAAGAGGAGGAAAUUCUGGUGCUGGCAGAAGCCCAAGUAUCAUUUCUUGACAGUCACCCUGAGUGAUGUGCUUAUUGAAGACAAACCGAUAAAACCAGUGGUUGUGGAGUCUGACUUUGCAAAAUAUAUGGGGAAGUUUGAAGACUUCCUUCAAGGAAGUAUUGAAGCAUCAUUUGCAAAGAUCACCCUGGGAGCUGGAAGGAAGGGCUAUGUGGAAAACCAGUCCUCAUUUGGAAACCUGAGGAAGCAGGAGAUUGACUUGCAGCAGCUUAUGAAAGACGUCAAGGACAGAACAAUAGAUCUAAACAGUAGUUUACUGCAACAAGUAAUAGAAAGAAAACGGGAAGUGCUGUGCAUAUUGAGAGAAAAGAUAAUAACAACUCAGAGGUGUACAAUAUUUGAACAUAUCCAGACAGAAGAAAAAGUCAGUGGUGUGAUGGGAUGCACUGCAAAAACAGUAAAGGUUUCAGUAAGUGAAAACGGAAGUAUGGUGAAGGAUUCUAGUGUGAUUCUUGAAAUUCCUCCUGCAACCACUAUUGCCUAUGGUGUAAUUGAACUGUUUAUAAAGCAGAAUGGCAAGUUUGAGUUUUGUCUGCUAGAUGAACAGCAAGGAGGUUUUGAAAAGGAAAGCACAGAAGGCUCGACUUAUCCCCAUUCAGCUCUGUUUAGAGAUGCUUCAUUUCUCUAUCAGCCAGAUGCUGUUGAUAAUGAGAUGUACUCUGGGGCUAAAAACCUCGUUCCCGGUGAUGCUUCUAUAAGUGUAUUGAAACAAGAUCUGUCACAGUUGAAGACUCAGUUCCAGCCCUUUGUGAAGCUUCCAGAAGACAAGCAAAGAGCUUUAUAUAAAACCCUUUGUGAACUCUUGCUCCAUGAAGAAAUGGUGACUGCCCUGGGGGAUGUGUUUGAUGAUAUCUGCACAGGAGACGAGCCAGAUCUGGAGGAGUUAAAACUUACACAACAAAGAGACCUCCUUGACUUCUUGCAGCUCUUAGGGUGCAGUUUACAGAGUGAGCUGUUGUUGCAGAAAUAUCAGCCUCAGGAUGAAGAACUUUUCUCAGCUGCACACCUUCUCAUCAGUGCUAUCUCUGAGCUGUCUGAUUACACCCUGGUCCUGCUGCGUGCCUGCUGUGAUCUUCAGGUUGUUCCAGCGCUGUGUUGUUUGCCUGAUGUUGCUUCAGCCGAUGGCAGCGUGGCGCUGAGCAGUCCUUUGGUGGCCACUCUCACUGACAGGAGAAGAUUUGAUGUCGUGAAAAGGCUGUUUGCUUCAUCAAACAUUGAUUUGGAAACGACAGAGUCUUCUGUAAAAGCUGUAACUAUGAAAGAACCUCGAUUCUUCCCACUCGUUCUUUAUGUUGCGCUGUGUGGGCUUCAUGCUUUAGGUGGGAAUGUAUAGGAGCUUUACUGAGUAUCCAGUUUUUGCUCUAGUCUGUUCUUUCUUCUAUAGCUCCAUAGUGUUGGUGUGUUUGGGCUAAGCAGUAGAGCUGCUCUGUUGGGUCCUUAGAGCAGCACAGCCAGGGGUUAGGGCGGUCAGGGGGCACUCGGAACACCCAGGGGUACAGGCUCUGCGCUGCCAUCAGGUGUGCCACCCCUCUGCGGUUCCAGAGGAAAAUACACAAAUAAAGGAUGAAGGGGGGGAAUUAAACAAGAGAAGUGAGGAACAGAAAUUGAACAGAGCUGCUGUGGUAGUUGUCAGAUCUGCAGGGCAGUAGAAACCUGAUUGCUUGCAUUAAUAUGCGUGGGAGAAAACAGCAAAGUACAAACUGCUUUUUUCAAGCAAGCAGACAAGCAAGCUGUGGAAAUCCAGGGUUCUGCAAUGCAGCAGUUGUUUUGCUCCUUUAAGACUGGAUGUACAGAAUCCUUCACUCUAGAGCAAGAGGAAUGGAGGGAUCUCAAAGAGGUACUUGAUCAGGUUGUCUUAUUGUUGUUUGGCAUUUCCUGCACAAUGCAGGAAAUAUAAAAUCCUUUUUUUCAAAAACCAAGACCACCUUAGUGAUUUAUGCAUCGGUACAGCAUUUCUAUUUUCUAAUAAGUUUUUACUCACCUUAGCAAGCUUAAAUUGCAUUUGGAACUUUGAGGUAUGGCAAUGCCUUUUGGUGUGUGCACAUGAAGGGUCCCUGCUGCACACCACAAAAAUGAUCAUUUCACCCAUAGGAUAUUUUAAAUGCAGAUACUUUGCUCAUUUCUUUGACUAGUAGCAAAGUGUCAGUAAAGCACUCACUGCAUGCUUUGAACUAUUUUGCCUUUUUUUCCAUCAUAAUUUUUUGUAAUUGUGGAUGGAACAGAAAUGCAGCAGAGAUCACUGCAAAUGUGGGCUUGGGAAGAUGAUGUUCCAGGUAAGUGGAAUAUCAGUGCUUGCAGAUAAGACUCUGAGAUGGCUGACAAACAAGCAGGAACCUAUGUGAUCAGUAACCAGGCCCUGCAGUGUAGGUGGUGGAUAGGAGUCUGGUUGUUUCUUGCUCUAUUCCCACAUGAUCUUGAGCAGAUUGACUAAGAAGUUAUCAAAAAGUCACCGCAGUUCAGCUUUCCCUGAGGACAUGGACUUUGCAGAAAAGCACCGUGGAACCUUUCCAUACCCCAAGAGCCCAGGGUAGCUCUGCACACUGCGCCGUGGGCAUUUCUGCGUCUCAUCUGUUAAGUGAAGCUGAUGGUGUUGCCUGAACCUUGCACUGGUGUAGAUGGAAAGAUCCUUUAGGAGGAUGGAAGCAUGUAACUCUGCUUCUGGAACGAUGUGUGUAAAUGGGAAAGUCUUUUUUUGCCAAUCACUACUCAAAAGUUGCCUUUGUAACUAAUUUAUCAAAAAUUUCUGUUUAAUGUUAUGUCAAAACAAGAAAACAACUUAUAACAUCA